AUGUAUGCAGCCGCCACAAAUUCGGCCGCGAACACCCUCUUAUUGUUCGGGCCUCAGAUCCCUCGGCUCGUACCGUCCCGUCUUAGAGACCUUCGGAAGGCAAUCCUGGAGGAUCCUAGUCUUGGAUUCCUCGUUCAGAUUGUAAAAGAGCUGCCCUCAUUAUGGGAGACUACGAUUCAACUGAGCUCUCCCAACUUCAGGCGUCUCACAAGAGCUAAGCAACAACUACGACAAUUAGGGACAUUCUUUGAGAAUCAGAACGAAGAGGCACCCCGGUUAAGUGCCCCUUGCAACUUACUUCUCGCCCCAUUAACUGUUGUUUCGCAAAUUGCCGAAUAUCUCCGUCUAGGCCAUAAAGGCACCGUGCAGGGAUUCUGUAUUGGAUUCUUAGCUGCUACCGUUAUAGCAAGCGCGCGGGAUAGAGACGACUUAGAGAAGUGGACGGCUACCGCAAUUCGCCUCGCGGUUUGUAUUGGGGCCGUGGUAGACCUAGACGAACUAGAACGGUCGGAUGGGGGUGAAGAUUCUUCCCGGUCCAGCUCUACGUGGUCGGUUGGAUGGACUUCGAGCAUCGAAAAGGGGUAUCUUGAAAGGACGCUGGCGUCUUUCCCCGAGGCAUAUAUCUCCUGCGUGACCGAUAUUGACAGGGUCACGCUCACAAUACCAGAGGGCCAAUUUACGAGCUUCGCCAGACAACUCGCAGAUGGCGGCUUGUCCGCUAAACCAGUUGGCCUUUCCGGCCGAUAUCACACGACUAGUCUGGAUAGGACUGAGAUCGCUCAACAAUUAAAGUUGCUAUUUCAGCAUAAUGAAAACUUCCAGUUCCCGGCAGCUGAACAGCUGACCGUGCCCCUGAGAUCUACUCUGGACACGGAGAUUAUCACGAAAGGGGCACUUCAUGAAAUUGCUCUAGACUGCAUCCUAGUGGAUGUAUGUAGGUGGUAUGAAACAGUUCAAGCAACACUGGAUGCAUGGGAUAGUCAACCAGUUAAAAUAAUACCCAUUGGCAGCAGCCCAGGGGCCGUGCCUCGAUCUCUCAAAUUAGCUACCGAUACCCCCACUAACGAAUACUUGGACCAGUCUCCAUUAUCAGAAACAAGCUCGCCUUCCAGCGGCAUAACCACCGGCAACUUGGCUACUGGUCAGACGACCCCGAGCGGUUCUCUACCUCCGACGGCCGUGGGCACAGCUCAGCCCAUCGCCGUCAUUGGCAUGGCGUGUCGAUACGCGCAAUCCGAUUCUCUUGAAGACUUCUGGUCCUUGAUCAACUCUGGUAGAAAUGCAACCACGCCUGUACCUGAAAAUCGGUUCAAGUCCUCGGACUUGUGGCGCAAUCCUAAAGGUCCUUUCUUUGGUAACUUCCUACAGGAUGCCGAUGCAUUUGACCAUCGCUUCUUCGGCAUGUCUGCUCGCGAAGCCGCAUCAAUGGACCCCCAACAGAGGCUGCUACUCCAGGUAUCAUACGAAGCCAUGGAAUCGGCCGGGUACGCGGAUGGAUCAGAGUCACCACAUCGCCCUGUGGGAUGUUAUAUCGGCGCGGGUUACGUCGAAUACGAGGACAAUAUAGCAUCGGAAGACGCAACCGCGUUCUCAGCUACUGGAGCUAUAAGAGCAUUCAUCAGCGGUAGAGUCAGCCACCAUUUUGGUUGGACUGGCCCCUCUGUUGUAUUCGAUACAGCAUGCUCUUCGUCCGCCGUUGCUAUUCAUCAUGCUUGUAAGGCUCUUCAAACAAACGACUGCUCCGUCGCCAUUGCUGGAGGUGUCAAUGUAAUCACAAGCUCUACUUUCUAUCAGAACUUGGCAGCUGCCUCUUUCUUAAACACGACAGGUGCCUCGCGGGCUUUUGAUGCCCAGGCAAAUGGAUACUGUCGUGGUGAGGGUGCCGGUGUGUUAGUCCUCAAGCCUUUAGCACAGGCUAUAGCUGAUAACGACCACAUCCUUGGCACUAUCACGGGGACAGCAGUCAACCAAAACUCGAGCUGCAGUCCUAUCACUGUACCAGACUCACAGUCGCAAAGCGAUCUAUACCUCCAAGCCCUCGCCGGAGGUGGGGUGUUGCCUUCAGAGGUCUCCUAUGUAGAGGCUCAUGGAACGGGAACCCCUGUGGGCGAUCCUAUUGAAUGUGCUAGUAUACGAAGCGCAUUCGGUAGCCCAAAUCGUACACAAGAGCUUGUGAUAGGGUCGGUAAAGGAUGUGAUCGGUCAUACCGAAGCCGCAUCAGGAGUGGCGGGAGUCAUCAAGACGCUACUUAUGAUGCAGUACGGCAUAAUUCCUAAGCAGCCCAACUUUACUCGUCUCAACCCAAAGAUUCCCGCCUUGGAGCCGGACAAGAUGGCAAUUGCCACACAGGCUCGCCCGUGGUACGCAAGCACAUGGAGGGCGGCCCUGAUUAACAACUACGGGGCGGCCGGAAGCAAUGCCGCUAUCGUUGUUCGUGAGUAUCGCCACAGCUCGGCGACUGAAGAUGUUAUCAAUCAAUUGCCAGAAAAUGAGAAGAUUGAAUAUCCAAUAUUCAUUUCGGCGAAGACAACAGAAAGUGUUCGUGCAUACAGCGCCGCAUUAAAAACAUUCCUGGACCGAAACCCCUCGAUUAAACUAAGCGAUGUGGCGUAUAAUCUGGCUCGCAAGCAGAAUCGAACGCUCGAAUAUGCUUCAACGUCGACUGCCGCGAGCCUUCCCGCCCUCCGGCAAGACCUAGAAGCCAUUGCCUCUGGCUCACGUUCUGUGUCGCAGAGGAGUAUAGACAAGAAAAAGAAGACAGCUGCGGCACAGUGGCCAGCACCAGUAGUGCUUUGUUUCGGCGGCCAGACAGGCCGUAGCAUCUACCUUUCACGGGAUCUCGUCCAGAAUACACCGUUUUUGCGAGUUCAUCUCGAAAGCUGUAACGAGGUUUGCCAGAGUCUAGGCUUGUCGUCGUUCUUCCCGCGCAUAUUCGAUCCGACCCCUGUAGAUGAUCUGGUCUUCCUGCAUGCCAUGUUAUUCUCAGUGCAAUAUGCGAGUGCUCAGGCCUGGCUGGACGCUGGGCUGCAAAUAAGUACUUUGGUAGGUCACAGCUUUGGCCAACUAACAGCGCUUGUCGUGGCCGGUAGCCUAGAUCUUACCGAUGGCCUCCGCCUGGUUACAGGCCGGGCUCGCUUGAUGGAGAAACUUUGGGGCGCGGACCCCGGCGUCAUGCUGGCGAUUGAGGGCGACACGGAGCGCCUUGGCGGCCUGCUCAAGAAAAUUGCUGAAAAGCAAUCCGUCGACGUGGCCUGCUACAACGGCCCGCGCAAUAUCGUACUCGCUGGUGAUGCGGCAGCAGUAGAUGCGGCCGAGAAGGUCUGUCGGGAAACGCCGGGCCUAAAGACGGUUCGACUGGCUAACAGCCAUGCGUAUCACUCUCGCCUUGCUGAUCCCAUUCUGGAUGACCUCCAAGCCUUAGCCUCAACCCUUACCUGGAGAAAGCCAUCAAUUCGCCUAGAGACGUGCUCGCCCAACCAGAGUUGGUCCAGCAUUGAUGCUGCUAAGAUUGCGAGCCACACCCGUGAACCCGUCUAUUUCGGCGAGGCUGUCCAAAGGAUUGCCAACCAAAAUCCGUCAUCCGUCUGGCUCGAGGCCGGUUCGGUAUCCCCAAUUAUUGGCAUGGUACGUCGCGCACUACCAGCCGCACGAGGCAGUGAAAAAGACGUGUUUCUAUCGAUUGACUUAGGCAAAGGCAACCCUUGGAGUAGUCUUGCUAGGGCUGCUUCUGGGCUUUGGGGAGCUGGGUCAAACGUAGACUUUUGGGCCUUCCAUGGCACACAAACGGAUCAGUAUAAGUGGUUGGAUCUACCCCCGUACCAAUUCGCCAAGACAAAGCAUUGGAUACAAUUCCGACCCUAUGGACCACAGGCUGCGAUUGAGACGCCACCGCCUAUUACGAGUCUACCGGAAUUAGUACGAAGACUCGGAGAUGUGGACGGAGAAGCUAUAUUCGCUGUGGAUGCCUCGCACGAGAUAUUCGAGCUAAGCGUCAAAGGCCACGCGGUUGUUGGUCAGAGCCUAUGUCCGGCAGGUUUAUAUUUCGAGUUGGCCAUCCGGGCCGCGAAAGCACUCCAAGGUGCCGAGGCGAAGAGCAGCUCUAAAGUUCCCCAAAUAGAGAAUAUGCAUAUCCUUUCGCCCUUAGGACUAAAACCCAAUGGAUCUCUUCGCAUUAGCCUUAAACAGGAAAGUAACAGUACGAAAUGGUCAUUCCGCUUCUUCUCUUCUCCUGAAGCUGGGGACCGACCUGCACCACCAACUCAACACACCAACCACGCCCAAGGUACUAUAGCCCUACUCGACGCAGCCGUAGCGUCCUCCCGCUUCCAAUCCCUCGGGCGCUUGCUAGGAAGAUCGCGUUAUGACCAAAUUGCUUCAUCUCCCGAAGCGAACCGACUUGCCGGUGAUAUAUUGUAUAAAAUAUUCAGCCGUGUCGUCAACUAUGCUCCAUACUAUAAGGGGGUCCGUAAUACGAUCGCUUUUAAUGGAGAAGUCGUCGGUGACGUAGUUAUGCCACACCGUCCCGAAGCAGAUCGUCUUGCUUCUGCUCUCUCCGAUCCCCUAGCUGUCGAUAAUUUCUUGCAGGUUGCGGGCAUUCAUGUAAAUUGCCUUCAGGAAGGCGGCGGCGAUGACGAUGUCUCUGUGUGCAACGCCAUUGGAGAAGUACUAUGGAGCGAGUCGUUACUACAGUCAGUUAGCCAAGAUACACCUUCCAAGAACCGGACGUGGAGAGUAUAUUCCAACAUGGAGGCCAAGGGCAAGAACACGCUCGUGAACGACGUAUUUGUCCUAGAUCCCACAACAGGUUCCAUUGUCCUAGCCUUCUUGGGCGCCGAAUUUACUCAGGUAUCCCUCACAUCACUACGGAGGGUCCUGUCUAAGAUAAACGGAAACAUAAUCACUCCUGCACCAUCUAAAUCCUCCUCGCUUCCAUCGACCACAAAUAACGUCUUUGCGGAUGCCGUCCUGACUCAGCAGCUACAGCUUCCUCUUAACGACAUAACGCGACAUGAUGAUCAUUCCACGACGACGACCAAACACGAUAAUGGUGCUGCUCCCUCUGCCGCUUCUGGGGUCAACCAAUCGGUCCGCAAAAUGCUGAGCGACAUCUUCGGAAUGAGCAUCGAAGAGGUUCAACCGGACGCCGACCUAGCUGACUUAGGUGUUGACUCGCUAAUGAUUACAGAGAUAUCUAGCGAGAUUCAGAAACACUUUGGGGUGACUCUGUCUAUUGACGACCUACAGGACCUGACUGAUGUCCAGUCCUUAAUCCGGAUUCUAGGAGGGGAGUCAUCUACCCCUACUCCUACUCCUGUAGUACAAAGCCAAAAUGAAGUAACACAUGACCAUGAAGAGGAUGACGAAGAAAAAGAAGAGUCUAACGAUGACGGGGGCAUCGCAGCUGUUGCUAAUGACUGGCUCUCUGCAAACAGAAACACUUUCGAUGAGGACGCGCAGGAGCACGACCUCAUAGGUUUCCGCAAAGCCGUGUACCCGUUCCAGGCACAACUAGUCGUCGCGUACACCGUCGAAGCAUUCGCCGACCUGGGCUGUGAUAUACGUACGCUUCGCGCUGGAGAACGUCUAUCCGACUUUAAAUACCUGCCGAAACACGAGAAGCUCGUAGCCCAAAUGCACAGGGUUCUGGAAGACGCGAAUUUAAUUACGCUUAAAGACGGUAGGGCCAUUAGGACGGAUCAGUUGGUGACCCGUGCAUCGUCUCAGGAGUUGCAUAGCGCCAUCAUUGAAAAAUUUCCCGAAUAUGCAAUUGAACACCAACUCCUGCGCAACACCGGCGCCCGGCUUGCGGAUUGCCUUACAGGCCGGCUGGACCCUCUGGCCGUUAUGUUCGGCGAUGCCGAAGCGCGCAAGUUAAUGGGAGAUGUGUACGCUACCGCACCCCUAUUUCGAGCCGCCACAUCAUUCCUUUCGCGUUUUUUGUCCAGCGUGUGUGAGAAAUUCCAGGGCAAGCGCGAGAUCCGCAUCCUCGAGCUCGGUGGUGGUACCGGCGGAACGACUAAAACUUUGGUUGAUUUGUUUGAGAAGAGUGAUGUGAAGCAAAGGAUUGUAUAUACUUUCUCGGACGUCUCACGGUCACUAGUAGCUGCUGCCAAGCGGAGAUUCGCCCAGUAUCCUUUCAUGGAAUAUGCGGUUAUAGACAUUGAAAAGGAGCCUCCCACUGACCUCCAGGGACGGUUCGACCUAAUCAUCUCAACUAAUUGUAUCCAUGCGACUUCGAACCUUGUCCGGUCGUGUACCAACAUUCGACAUCUACUACGCGAAGACGGGUUGCUAUGUCUCGUCGAGAACGAGGAAAAUCUGUUUUGGUACGACCUUGUCUGGGGGCUGGUCGAAGGCUGGUGGCUGUUCGAAGACGAUCGCACCCAUGCCCUGAUUCCUGCAGCGAGAUGGAAAACGAAGCUCCAGGCGUCGGGUUUCCAAUGGGUUGACUGGUCGGCGGGUUCUAGCGAGGAAAGUAAAAUCUUACGCAUCAUAGCGGCAUCGCCAUCUGCCCAGCUUUCGAGUCCCGCGGUUAAUGGUUCGGAGCAGGAGCUAGAGAUAUUUCCCGAGACGCAGGAGACAGUAAUAUUCAAGCAUGCUGGAUCCCUACCAUUACAAGCCGACAUAUACUACCCACCAACACUACAGACCGGUAGCGAUGCGCGACCUGUUGCUUUAAUGGUACAUGGCGGAGGUCACGUAAUGCUAUCAAGAAAAGACAUACGUCCGAAGCAAACCCAGAUCUUGCUAGACGCCGGCUUCGUUCCUGUUAGUGUCGACUAUCGUCUCUGUCCGGAGACCACCUUGGAAGAGGGCCCCAUAACAGAUGUUCGUGACGCUUUAGGAUGGGUGCGCAACACAUUACCAUCCCUCGCUAGAAAGCGAUCCGACGUUCGAAUUAAUGGCGAUCGCGUAGUCGCAGUCGGCUGGUCAACUGGAGGUACCCUAGCCCUGAGCCUAGGCUGGAGCGCUCCGAGCACAUGCCUACAGCCGCCACAGGCCAUCUUAGCCUUCUACUGCCCCACCGACUACGAAGAUAAAUCCUGGUCGCGAGAGAAUAAGCCUUACGGAGACGCGGUCAUGACAGAAACAUACAACUUAUUAGACGGGGUAGAAGACUCGCCAAUAACGGCAUAUAAUCCCCCUACAGGAUCACGAGCGGCAGGCGGAUGGAUGGCUAAGAACGACGCUCGCUCGCGUAUUGUCCUCCACAUGAACUGGCACGGACAGACAGUGCCAGUCCUAGUCCACGGCCUAAAGAAGAACGCACAACAGAACGGAACGCCACAGCUCCCAACACCCACGCCCACUCAGGUCCAAGCCAUCAGCCCACUAGCACACAUUCGAAAUGGCAGCUAUCGCACGCCUACGUUCUUGGUGCACCCGUACGAAGAUGAUCUGAUCCCUUGGCAGCAAGCUCAGCGCACAGCCGAUGAACUGUGCAGCCAGGGCAUUGAUUCAGAAUUAAGACUUAUAAACAAUGCUGCGCAUUUGUUUGAUAUGUAUCGCAGCCAUGAAGGGAAUGAAGAGGCCGUUCGGGCCAUUAAUGAUGGUUAUGCUUUCUUAUCUCGUCACGCUCGCGGUACUUAGAUGAUUUUAGAUGUAUUGUAUGAUUUAAACAAGGUGAUGGACUUAAAGUUGAGCAAUAUGUUAAGAGUAUAGCAUGUAGCGGCUGUUUCAUAGGACGAAUGUCUCUUACCAAUGAAAUUUGCCCGACUUUUAGGAGGGUUAUAGUGUUCGUACGGCUAAAAAACCACUAGUUGAUCGAUGC